AUGGUCAAAAUGGUCGAGUUCACGGUGUUUAAAGGCUCCAAGGAAGGAAAGAUCGUUCAGUCGAGUACAAAGAAGGACAUUAAACCGGAUGAGGUUUUGAUCAAAGUUACACAUUCUGGACUUUGCGGAACAGACGAGCAUUUCAAGCAUGUCGAUAUGGUGCUUGGACAUGAAGGUGCAGGCGUUGUUGAAGAAAUCGGAGCAGCAGUGAGAACGUAUACAAAGGGAGAUUCUGUUGGAUGGGGAUACCAGCACGAUUCCUGCAACCACUGCAAGCAGUGUCUUACCGGCCAUGAGACUUUGUGCCCAGAAAGAGCAAUGUAUGGAUAUCACGAUCAUGACCAGGGUUCAUUCGCAUACUACGCUAUCUGGAAGGCAGAUUACAUUUUUAAGAUUCCAGAUUCUAUUCCAAGGGAAUUCGCUGCACCACUUCAAUGCGGUGGUGCGACGGUAUACAACGCCCUACGCUCCUUCGGUACCAAGCCCACCGAUCGCGUGGGCAUAAUUGGAAUUGGUGGCCUCGGCCAUCUUGCUAUCCAAUUCGCGUCGAAGAUGGGAUGCCACGUUACCGUCUUCUCCAGCACCAACAGCAAGCGAGACGAGGCUAUGCAACUCGGCGCUAGCGAGUUUGUUGCGACUAAAGGUGUCAAAAAGCUCCAGGUCUCCGGAAAGAUCGAUCACCUUCUCAUCUGCAGCUCAUUCCAGCCAGACUGGAAGCAGUUCUUGCCUGUCAUGGCUCCGGGCGGCACUCUAUAUCCCCUGACUGUCUCGCAAGAUGACUUGACGAUCCCUUACAUGCCGAUUAUUGAGGGGGAAUUAAAGAUCCAAGGGAGUCUUGUUGCUGCCAGAGCAGUACAUAUCGAAAUGUUUGCUUUUGCUGCUCAACAUCAGAUAAGACCGGUUAUCGAGAUAUUUACUAUGGAUGUGGAGGGCAUAGAGGCGUGCAUGAAAAAGCUGGAUGAGGGCAAGAUGAGAUAUCGUGGAGUUUUGGUUGCGCCAUAG